AUAAGUUUAGAAUUCCGGAGCCCGACAAAGUGGAAGCUUGACUGAACUGGCAGAACUCCCAAUCUCCCAACCCUAGGUCCCGAGUUCGAACCUUUUCCUUUUCCACUUUCUUCUUCGUCUUCCUCCCCUAACCCUGAUCUUCAUCUUCCUGUUCAAACACUAAAUUUCUGUCAAAUUGCAGUUUUCUUUGGAGAUCUGUGACCCAAAUAUCUCACUUCAGUUCUGUAAUUCUGCUUACGUAUAACCCAUGGAUCACAAUGAGUCCUCUUCCGUCUCUCCCAGAAAGGUCAGGUUUGCCCCGAAAUCACCUCCUCGGAGAAAGCCUAAAACUACAGCCCCCCAACCAGUGGUGGCCGAAGAAGAGGACGAAGCUAAACGAGCUCAAUAUCUCUUACGCCGUGUUAAUGAGAAGCUCAGGAGACAAGGGCCUAAAGUUGAAAAGACAUCUUCAGUACAAGUUGUGUUUGGUCCUGGAGCCGCUACUCCAUCAGAUACCAUAAGGACAUUUGGUGUUCAUAGGGAUGGGAAUAGUGAUAAGAGCAGUGGAAUGGAACUGAAAGUUUCUACCCCUGAUCAUGAGGAAAUUGCAGUUUCUUCACCUUCAACCACAAAACCGGAUGAAACCAAUGGAUAUUUUGCAGAUGCUACUGAUGAUUCAGCUCAGAUCAGGAAAAGAUAUAAAGAACCUUGGGAUUAUGUCCACUCUUACUAUCCUACUACUCUUCCUUUGAGAAAGCCUCACUCUGGUGACCCAGAAAUUCUGGAUGAGGCAGAAUUUGGUGAGGCUUCAACUAACUUGGAAUAUGAUGAGAAAACCAUAAAUCCUGCUUCAGAACUUGGGCUGUUGGAGGAGAGUGAGAAAGGAAGGAUGUUUUUGUUUCAGCUUCCUGCUAAUUUGCCCUUAUUUAAGCAAUCACCUAGUGCAAAGGGCAAAGAGAUAGUUGAAAAUUCAACAUCACUGGAAGGCAUUUAUGCUUCUGCAAAGGGGAAACAGGUAGCUAGAAGUUCACUGUCAUCAAAAAGCAUAGGUACUUCAGAACAUAGCUGCAGGUUGGAAGAUUUAGCUGGGGGACAUAUAGGCAAAAUGCUGGUUUACAAGAGUGGAGCAAUCAAGCUGAAGCUGGGAGAAAUUCUCUAUGAUGUUUCACCUGGUUUAGAUUGUACAUGUGUUCAAGAUGUGGUGGCGAUCAACACAGUAGAUAAGCAUUGUUAUGCCCUUGGAGAGCUUGGCAAGCGUGUUAUUGUCACUCCUGAUGUUGAUUCCCUCCUGGAUUCAAUGAUUGCCUUGGACUAACUGUAAUAAGGUUGUAGAUAAUGUGACGGCAUUUAGGAUUCCUAAUGAACCGUCAAGGCAGCAGGUUUGCAUGGUGUAUACAUGAAUUUGAAGUUCCUGCACUAGUAUGCCACUUGAUUCCCCAUAUGACACAAAAUCCCUUUUAUGUACAUAUAGCAGGUUCACAUUCUGGACCUGUCAUAUUCACUAGACAAUAUUGAGCAAAAUGUGCAAAAGUUGUGUAGCCUUCUAGUCA